AGUGGAAACCCUUCUCUGAAGAGUGGAGCACAUUUUAACAGCAAAGAGGAGUCCAACUCUGGAAUGCUCAACCACUGCAUAUGGUUGUGAUGGGUUACAAACAUGUGCUGGUGGCUUUAUCAGGAUAUGCAAUGAUUUCUACCAUCUGCUGCUGUGUGUUCUGCUAUUCCUGCUGCAGAAAGAAGAAGAAGUCAAUGAAGCAAAAUAGGCGUAAUUCAGCUUGGCACAGCAAGUCGAGCUGCAGUCGAACAGAUGCACUGUGGAAAUGUGAGAAGAGUUCUUACUCGAGGGAGGCUGAUAAGAUGAUGUUUUGGAAGCAUAUAAGGAUGUAUGUUGGAUGGACUGUACUUAUGAUCAUGAUGAAUAAAGGAGUCCAGGCCUGGUCAUACAAUUACACGACCAACAGCAUGAAUUGGGAGACUGCCAGGAAGUGGUGCAGGGAGCAUUUCACUGACAUGGUGGCCAUCCAGAACAAGGAAGAGGUCAUGCACCUGAACCAGAUCUUGCCUUUUCAUCGCUCAUACUACUGGAUUGGGCUUAGGAAAAUCGCAGACCAGUGGAUGUGGGUGGGUACCAUGAAGCCUCUAGCACUGGAGGCAACCAACUGGGCAACGGGAGAACCCAAUAACCAAGGAACGAGCGAAGACUGCGUAGAGAUCUACAUCAAGAGAACCAAGGACAUGGGCAUGUGGAACGAUGACAAAUGUAGCAAAAAGAAAGCAGCGCUCUGUUACACAGCAUCAUGCUCUGAGUGGUCAUGCAGUGAGCAUGGUGAGUGUGUGGAGACGAUUGGUAACUACACGUGCAGGUGUAAUCCAGGGUUCACGGGUCCCCGCUGUGAUGAAGCUGUAGAGUGCGGCGCAGUGAGAAGUCCAGAGCAGGGUUUCGUGCAGUGUGACCAUGUUUAUGGAGACUUUCAUUUCAACUCAUCCUGUCGCUUCCACUGCGCCCGUGGCUACAUAUUACAGGGUUCGGAACGUCUACAGUGCUUGCAGUUGGGGAAGUGGGAUAGUGAUCCACCAGAGUGCCAGGUUGUCGAAUGUCCUCCGAUUAAGACCACGGUCAGUGGUGGGAAUCUGACCUGCAGCCAUCCUCUGCACACAAACAGCUACAACUCCACAUGUGUGUUCCUCUGUGAAGAGGGCUUCGAGCUGAGAGGUUCACACACAACGCUGUGUGAUCACACAGGACAGUGGACACACAACCUCCCAACCUGCACAGCUGUGACCUGUGACCCGCUCGUGACCCCUGUAAAUGGUCACAUGACCUGCACUGAUCCACUGGGAGCGUUCUCGUUUCGUUCAUCAUGUGCUGUGAGCUGUGAGGAAGGAUACACACUGAGAGGAGAGAACACACUCACCUGCCUCAACACCGGCACCUGGUCAGCACAAACACCAGCAUGUGAAGUGGUAAGGUGCAGUGCUCUCAGUUCUGCUCCUCACGGCUCCAUGCGCUGUACGGACCCUUUGGAACAAUUCGCUUAUCGUUCUGAUUGUCAGUCCGAAUGUGACACCGGGUUCCUGUUGAGGGGUUCCAACCACACCGAGUGUAACGCACAGGGGAAGUGGAGCCACAGUCUUCCAGUGUGUGAAGCGGUACAAUGUUCUCCUGUGUCUGUUGACUCCAGUGAUGUGAGAAUGAGCUGCACUCAUCCGCUCUCCACCAACAGCUACAACUCCACCUGUGUGUUUAACUGUGACGAGGGAUUUAAACUCAUAGGGUCAUAUAAAACUCUGUGUGAUCACACGGGACACUGGACACUCGAGACCCCCACAUGCAAAGCUGUGACCUGUGACCCGCUCGUGACCCCUGUAAAUGGUCACAUGACCUGCACUGAUCCACUGGGAGCGUUCUCGUUUCGUUCAUGGUGUGCUGUGAGCUGUGAGGAAGGAUACACACUGAGAGGAGAGAACACACUCACCUGCCUCAUGACCGGCACCUGGUCAGCACAAACACCAGCAUGUGAAGCUGUGACCUGUGACCCGCUCGUGACCCCUGUAAAUGGUCACAUGACCUGCACUGAUCCACUGGGAGCGUUCUCGUUUCGUUCAUCAUGUGCUGUGAGCUGUGAGGAAGGAUACACACUGAGAGGAGAGAACACACUCACCUGCCUCAACACCGGCACCUGGUCAGCACAAACACCAGCAUGUGAAGUGGUAAGGUGCAGUGCUCUCAGUUCUGCUCCUCACGGCUCCAUGCGCUGUACGGACCCUUUGGAACAAUUCGCUUAUCGUUCUGAUUGUCAGUCCGAAUGUGACACCGGGUUCCUGUUGAGGGGUUCCAACCACACCGAGUGUAACGCACAGGGGAAGUGGAGCCACAGUCUUCCAGUGUGUGAAGUGGUAAGGUGCAGUGCUCUCAGUUCUGCUCCUCACGGCUCCAUGCGCUGUACGGACCCUUUGGAACAAUUCGCUUAUCGUUCUGAUUGUCAGUCCGAAUGUGACACCGGGUUCCUGUUGAGGGGUUCCAACCACACCGAGUGUAACGCACAGGGGAAGUGGAGCCACAGUCUUCCAGUGUGUGAAGCUGUGACCUGUGACCCGCUCGUGACCCCUGUAAAUGGUCACAUGACCUGCACUGAUCCACUGGGAGCGUUCUCGUUUCGUUCAUGGUGUGCUGUGAGCUGUGAGGAAGGAUACACACUGAGAGGAGAGAACACACUCACCUGCCUCAACACCGGCACCUGGUCAGCACAAACACCAGCAUGUGAAGCUCGACAGUGCCCCUCGCUGUUCAGGCCAGAGAAAGGCUGGAUUAACUGCUCUCACCCUCACUCCCCCUUCAGUUAUGGCUCGCGCUGUACUUUUGGGUGUGAGAUAGGCUACCAGCUCGGAGAGGAAUUUGAGCUGCACUGUACAACAUCAGGAACCUGGAGUCAGGCAGUACCUUCUUGUAACGUUGUUCAGUGUAAAUCCCUUACGCGUGAACCACUUUCACAUCCGGACUCCACUCCUGUCCCCUUUAUGAACUGCUCCCAUCCAAGAGGCAACUUCAGCUUUGGCUCCCAGUGUAUGUUCAGUUGUCCUGAAGGCUACAGGCUUAAUGGAACUUCUGACUUGCUUUGUACUCCUGCUGGACUUUGGACUGAUCUGCUGCCAAACUGCUCCAUAGAGGGCAUGCCAUUAGGUACUGGCUUGCUUGUAUAUGGUGCAGUAGGCGCAGCAUCAUCACUGGGUCUGCUGCUGAUGGGAGGAUUUGUCAUGCUGUUGGUGCGGCAUUUUAGCACCAAGGAUAAAUUUAGUCCAGAUUACUCAACUUGGGAUGGAGCUCUAAAUCCAGUGUUUGAAGAUUAUUAGCUUUUCUCUUCUUUCUUUUUUAAAAAUCUGUAAUACUUUUUAUAUGUACAUGGACAAGCCAUAGAAACUUCUCUUCUAUUGAUUGGAUGAAUUUUUUACCACUGUGUUUAAUACCUUUCUGUGGAUCAGAAAUGUGAAAUAUGAAUAAAGUUUUGUUCAGAGA